AUGGGAAUAUACUCUGGGAAACACCAAGAACAGGAAAAUCCUAUAUGGUUCGAAGAAGACACAAUAUAUCACACCACCAAUGACGACAAUGAGCUGCCGGAGAACUGGACUGACACCAGGGAGACUCUGCUGGAGGGCAUGGUGUUCCAGCUGAAGUACCUGGGGGUCACCAUGGUGGAGCAGCCCAAGGGAGAGGAGCUGUCUGCGGCCGCCGUCAAGAGGAUAGUGGCCACGGCCAAAGCCAGUGGGAAAAAACUCCAGAAGGUGACGUUGACGGUCUCACCUCGUGGAAUCAUCCUUUACGACAGUGCCUCCAAUCAGCUCAUUGAAAACAUCUCCAUUUACAGAAUAUCCUAUUGCACAGCAGACAAGAUGCACGACAAAGUGUUUGCCUACAUCGUUCAGAGCCAACACAAUGAGACGCUAGAGUGCCAUGCUUUCCUAUGCACCAAGAAAAAAAUGGCGCAGGCGGUGACCCUGACUGUGGCCCAGGCGUUCAGAGUGGCGUUUGAAUUCUGGCAGGCUGCCAAAGAAGAGAAAGAGAAGCGUGUAAAGUCAGGUUCUGAUGGAGAAGGAGGCAGCCAUUCUCAGUCGGAGAGCUCGACCAGCCUGUCCAGCCUGAAGGGAGGAGAAGCAGCCACAGGAAAACUUCUGGAUUUGGCUGAAGGGGCCAAUGUGGCGCUGGUCCACUCAGGAACAACACUGACAGACUCUGAUCCCUUCAUGGAGCAUAGUCACGCCGCCGAGAACAACAAUACUGUAUGGGAGCUGGAGGAUGGGCUGGAUGAAGCUUUCUCCAGACUCGCUGAGUCUCGCACUAACCCCCAGGUCCUGGACAUUGGGGUGAAUCCUCAGGACUUGAACACAGAGGAGUGCCUGUCCCCAGGUAAAUGGGACCAAGAGGACUUCCCAGCACAGACAGACUUUGGGCUCUUACAGUGAGACCCUCACCAGAAGAGAAUUGGACUCAAAUAACUGCUCAAAAACACAGCUGGUGAAGAGGGAAGAGGAGACUUUUGGUUGAGGUUCUGCACCUUGCCUUACUGCCAAGUUGUUUCAUGGGUACCACUUGGUGGCGCUCUGAUAUUUUCUGCUGUUGGAACCAGUGGUGGAAACAUGAAGAGGCUGCUCUCAAAAUUCGCCAAAGCAAUACAAACUCCUGAUCCCUUUUUGUACCAAAUCCAUGUUUAUUUAAUGUUUGUUACAGUCAGUGUAUUCUUCCUUCUAUUGUGCUUCAUGUUCAUGUACGUGGUAUGCGUGUACUUUUGUCUGGUGCGUUACAUUGAGGGCAUAUUAUGCACAUGGUUACACAGGACAAAAAUGGACUGCAUCUGUAAAGGGUAAAACUGCUGCUACAAUUUUGUUUAGAUAACAAAUGUAAAGGAAAGACUUAAGGAGUUAUGAGGGAUAGUCUGAUUCACAGCAGAAAUAAGAACAAAGUUACUACCUAUGUUUCUCAUUCAAUGCUGCGUACAGUCAAGCAUUGAGAGCUUUAAAUAAUGUGUGUUUGUACUGGUCAAAAACUGUAUGGGAUUCACACAAAUGAAAACAAAGAUGACAAUCCUAUUUUUUCUAAUGCAAAUUCUAUCUCUGCACUCUGCAUCCAUUGGUCUAUAAAAGCACAUUCUUCUCAACAAAGAGUGAUGUCACUAAAUUUUAACUGUUUUCAGCCAUUUUCUUUUGUGUUUAACAACUUCAGACCAAACUGAUUACAUAAUACCAAGCGUUACAUUUUCAUUGUAUGUUUGUGUUGAUGUAUCCUACCAUAAGCCAAAGGGAUGUAGUUAACCUAUGUUGUUGUCUGAACACUGUGUAUGGGACUGUUAAGCGAUGGUCAUCACUCUUGCUUUGGCUACUUCCGGAUUCAGUGGAAGUGCAGCUUCAUUCACUCUUCAAGUUCAGGUUCCUUUUAUUGUCUCCCAGUGGAGACAUUUGGCCUGAACAGGUCAGUAGCAUUACAUAUAUAAACAGGACAUGGCAGAAGUUGACAAUAAACAUUAAACAGCUUUGCUGUUUAAAAACUGGCAAUAUAUGUUUUCCAUCAGACCUACAAUUAUCAUUUUUUUACCAUUACAAAAUUGCUAAAACAAUAAAUGUUAUUUAAAAUAUACUAUAUAUUUGUUAGUCAGUGUGACUGUCUUCUAAUAUAUUUAAUUAAUUUGGAGGUUCAAAAACCCUGUUUCUGCUGAAUGUGUUUUACACAAGUUGUGAUGAGCUCAUACUUAACAGCCCUAUUUGCCUAUUAUAGGUCUAUGUUGCUGAAUUAAUUCACUUUGUUCACGCCAAGGGAUAACUAACAGACAGUGUGACUUUUUGUGUUUAUCUAUGAAUUUUAUUUAAAUUUUAUUUACAUAAACUUCAUUAGAAACGAA